CUCCGUCUCCACCCUCGUCUCUUCUGCUGCUCCCCCUUCUCCUUCUCCUGUAGCCCCCCUGUUUUUCCGCUUUCUCUUUCCCCCUUCUCCUCGCCGACCCAACCGAACAAGAAAAGCAAGCGAGAAGCCGCAUCCGCAUCCGCUGCCUCGCUUCCUGCCCCGCCCUUCCCCGCCCGGGAUUCAUGGAGCUGCUGUUCGAGCUGCUCCUCACGGCGGCGGCCACCCUCCUCGUCGCCUUCCUGCUCGCCAAGCUCCUCUCCGGGACCAAUGAUCCCCCCCGGCGCGAUCGCGCGGCGGGGCCCGCUGACGUGAUCGCGGAGGAAAAAGCGGAGGAGGCGGAAGAGGAGAGGGCCAUCGAGGUCGACGAGGUGGGAGCGUGGGCGGAUGUGGCGGCGCCGCCUCUCGCCGAGGGGUGGGUCGAGGUGGAGAAGGCCCCCGCCACCGUCGCGGAGGGGAUGACCGAGUGGGUGGCCGCGGAAGAAGAGGGGGUUCCGGCGACGCUUCUUGCUCCGGAGCUGUUCCUUGGCACCGUGUCGCGGGAGCAGAAGGAGGAGGGUGAAGUUGGCAAGAAGCACUGCGAUUUGACCGCCGCCGCGGAGGCGGCUGUCGAAGCGAAGCCGCGUGAUUUGGGCGAUGAAGCUGCUCCCAGCGAGGUUCUUGACGUGGAGUUGGAGGAAGAGACAGCCCAGCAGCAUGAUCUGGGCGCUGAAGGUGCCCCGAGUGAAGUCCCUGAUGCGGGAGUGCAGAAACAGGAAGUUCAUGCUAUGGAAGCUGUUGAAGUGAAGCAGCUCCAUCUGGAUGUGGGGGCUGCUCCUGCAGAAGUUAUUGAUGCAGGACCGGAGGAGAAGGCGGAGGGAGUGCAAGCUGCUGAAGUGAUUCCGCGUGAAUUGGCUUCCGAGACUCCACCUGCAGAUGUUCUUGACGUCGUAAUUGGGAAGCAGGAGGAGCAAGUCAUUGAAGCGAGUCAGCACGAAUUGGCUCCCGUUGUGGCUCCAAGAGUGAUUCCCGAUGCCGCAGCAAAGGAUGAGGAAAUGAAAGAACAAUCUGUGGAAGAAGUUGUUCAAGUUCACAAUAAGGAGGAAGCUCGGCGUGAGGCCGGCACGGAUGAUCAGCAAGAAAAACUGGUCCCUAAGGACGAGCCGGCUCUUGAGAAAUCUGAUGAUCUAAAUGUCAGCCAAGAAGACAGCUCUAAUGACAAAGUGGAUGUUCAGUUACCCGAGAAGGAUACCACAUUGCUAGGGAUGCCGGAAGAUGAGGCUAGAGCGAGCAUGGAGUUUGAAGAGUGGGAAGGGAUUGAGAGAAGUGAAGUGGAGAAGAGAUUUGGUGCAGCAGCGGCAUUUGCAGCUAGUGACGCCGGGGCGGCUGCUCUGUCGAAGCUGAAUAGCGAUGUGCAGCUGCAGCUGCAGGGACUUCUCAAGGUUGCAGUUGAUGGUCCCUGUUAUGACGCUGCACAACCACUUACACUGAGACCUUCUUCUCGUGCAAAAUGGGUCUCUUGGCAAAAGCUAGGAAACAUGCAUCCUGAGAUUGCUAUGGAAAAAUACAUGAAUCUUUUGUCAGAAUUUGUUCCUGGAUGGAUGGGAGACACAACCCCGAGCACAGAGAAACACAAAGUUGAUGUUGAUUCUGAAGGGGCCGUUUUAACAAUGACUACUCAUACAAGCGACCCACAGAUCAGUCAAGGGAAUGAAGGUAGUACUAGCAUAGAUGAAGGUCCACUAACAAGUCCUCCUAACCCAGAAAAAGGGCAGAGUUCUGACGUCCCUGCUGAAUGAACGUAACGGUCAUCAAGUAUUUCUUGCAUCGGUGAUAUCAGCGCAUUGCUGAGAUCGUUGCUGAUGCCUUCCUCAUAAGAUUAGGUUUGUACAGUGCUUGUGGUUGUGCAAAUAUUAGUGCUGUAAUGGGUGUUGGUACGUGUAAUGUAUAUGACUGUAUAUAUAUCCCACAACGACCGCCUGCCGCCUAUGUAUCGGCCAGUAUCAACCUUAUCGUCAGGUUUA